AUGGUGUUUUCGUCGUGCAGGCCGUCGCUCCGAUAUUCCAAGCUCUGCUCGCCUUGCCGCGCCGCCUGCGCCAUGGGUGACAUCGAGGGAGGUUCUUGCGCAACGAUGUGCUUUGAAGCCGACGGGGUGCACACCAAGGAACAGUUGAUCUACAAAGGUCAAGGCAUGGGAAGCUACUCGCAGGUCUCCAGCAUGGAAAUGGUUGGAAAGGGGAGGGGCGACUUUGAGAAGGAACGGGUUCAGGUGGCUUCAGGUUCGAAGCUUCGACUCCCCUGCAUCGGUGCCGCGGUGUUUGCCGUCGUCCUUCUCCUGGCCAUUGGGAUUUGGCGGCUGUUGCCUCCCACGGGCGCCUCCGACCCUUGUAUGUCGCGCUCCGCUGUUGGCAGUGGCAUGACAACAAACUUGAUGGCGCACUGUUGUUCCAUGGGCCAUCAGCAAUUCUGUGCUCAUAGCCCCGUCCCGAAACCACAAGUGCACGUCGACGACCAGUACUACACCCAAGUGAGGGAUGUCCCGGUGCCACACGUGGUGCCUGUGCCGGUGCCCCCUCCUCCAAGACAAGUGAUCGAACACAAGGUCUACGUGCAUCACAGCGCUUUUGAUUGUGAUGCUGGUUCUGUAGAUUGGAAGCAUCAAUGGUCUGGCGAACAACAACGCUAUUGUUGCUACAAGAGCCACAUUGCUUGCACAACCAAGAUUAACGUCCGGCCGCAUUUCCACACAAUCACGCAUUACAAGACCCAGACCGUGCCUGUGCAUGUGGCAAUUCCAGCGCCGCCAGCACAAGUGGUCAACCACGUAGUGAAUGUGCCAAUCCACGACCCCCCACGCAUGAUCCGGGUCCCUGUGCCAGGGCAGCCGAAUGUGGUGCCCAAGUAUGUGCAUCAGAAGCACUAUGUGCCUGUGCCAGAGGCCAGCCCUCCCACCUAUCAUUCCGUGCCUGUGCCUGUGCCUGUGCGAGAGCCAGGCCAUGUGAUCCCCGUGCCUGCCCCGCUGCCAUCUCAGACAGUGGUCAGGAACAAGGUGAUCUACAAGACCAGACAUGUGAAGAUGGGGCAUGUUGGUCAUGAAGUUGUUCAUGUCGUGCAUCAUUGGGGCGGCUCCCACCACUCGGGCGGCAGCUACCAAGGUGCGGGUGACAACUUCCAUGGUGACAACGUCCAUGUGGUGCAUCACUAUGGCGGCUCCUACCACUCGGGCGGCAGCUACCACGGUGCGGGUGACAACUUCCAUGGCGACAACGUCCGUGUGGUGCAUCAUUAUGGCGGCUCCUACCACUCGGGCGGUAGCUACCACGAUGGUGGUGCGGAGUUCGAUGGUGGCAGCACCCAUGCAGUACAUCACUACAGCAGUGGUGGUGGUUCAUACCAUGCUGGUGGGGCUGUGGAACAGUUCAGCAGCCAUUCCGGAAGCUUCCACCAUGAUUUCCACUGA